CUAGGGCACACCAUAGACCACUUGAGAUUCACCGGGGAUCUUAAGGGAGAAAUUUUUUUAAAGGAUGAAUUCUGAAGAGUGUUCCAUAACAGAAAAUAGCUCUUCACAUCUGGAGAGAGGGCAGAGGGACCAUGGCACCAGUGUACAUUUUGAGAAGCAUCGUGAAGGAUCCAUUCAAGUUCCUAUCCCUUGUGCUGUGCUCGUAGUGGUCCUCAUCACUUCCUUAAUUAUCGCUCUCUUUGCCUUAAGUGUGGGCAAGUACAAUUGUCCGGGCUUCUAUGAGAAUCUGGAGUCAUUUGACCACCAUGCUGCUUCCUGCAAGAAUGAGUGGUUUUCAUACAACGGGAAAUGUUACUUUUUCUCCACCACAACCAAGACUUGGGCCUUGGCCCAAAAAUCUUGUUCUGAAGAUGACGCUACCCUUGCUGUUAUUGAUUCGGAAAAGGACAUGGCGUUUCUGAAGCGAUAUGCUGGUGGACUGAAACACUGGAUUGGGCUGAGAAACGAAGCUAGUCAGACAUGGAAAUGGGCAAAUGGCAAAGAAUUUAACAGCUGGUUCAACGUGACAGGGUCUAAAAAGUGCGUGUCUCUGAACCACACAGAUGUUGCUUCUGUAGACUGCGAGGCAAACUUACACUGGAUCUGCAGCAAGGCCUCCCUAUGAGGAGGAAGCAUAGAGGUAUAGGUGACUGUGCCAUAGCACCUCAGGAAAGUUGUGUGACUGGAUGCUACUCUGUGAUUGAGUUUUCCACAAAGACCACACAAACCAACUUUACAUCAUCCUGGAACUCUUCCAGAUAGAUAGGACUAUGGAACACAAGGAAGAAGACCCAGGAAGGUCCCUUGACCAGGAACUAAAAAUGUCACUGACUGACUGGAAAUCACAUCAAAGAUGAGAAGAUGGCUAUGAAGCCUCAUAAAUGCACUUUAUAUUUUAAACCUAGGAUGAAUACAAAUGACUAGUUUUAAAGUCACUAUUUAUUGCUAAAUGACUGCAAAAGCCAGCGCCUUCAUGCAUUUGCACUAUUUGAAGGGGAUUCCGUGGUGGUAAAAGAUGAAUGUAGAUACAGGAAAUUAUUGAUGACUGACUAAUGAUUUUCUUAAACUCCUAAAGCAUUCACAAGUAGACCAAUGCUUAUGAAAACAAGCUUUGCAGUAGCUCCAUCUAUUAACAGACCUUUGCCUCAUUAUUUUGUCAAUUGUUUCCCCCCAAAGAAUAAGGGUGACCUUUUCUUUAACUGCCUCAGAGUAGACAGUUAAUUUUCAUUGGUACAUAUUUCUUAGUAUCUAAAAAUCUCUGUAGUGUGUUUCAAGGAAGAAAAAAAAGCCCAGCACAUGAGGAAUAUUUGUAGAGCAGAUUUCAAAGUGUUACAAAGAAAAGUGCAAUAUGUGUCGUGGCAGAUCUCUGUCAGGACAUACACCUUGUGGUUGGACCCUGGAAUAACUCCCAUCUUGUCCCAUAACCUGUUUGUGUCUUUUGCAGUCCUUUAUCCAAAGUAUUUCCCAUGUGCAAUAAAGUGUUUAUGUAUGUGAUUGUAUUUUAAAACCUACCAUAAGUUUAAGCUGUUUCUAUGUAUGUGAAAAUAAAAGAACAGACAAACGGU